GCAGUGCAGAAGCUUUUGGUGCUUUGAGGCCCUCAAGCCCAAGAGAUCUGACAACAGCAUGCUACUUGCUCGGUAUAGCGGACGGUGGCCCAGGCAGCGCAUGGAGAGCUGUGCACUCAGCACUGGCUGAUGCAGUCCUGACGGCGAAGGUGGUGAUGGCGAUAAACGCCAUCCUGCAGGAAGCCCCUCCAUCAGAGUUCACAGCUCUGCCACCGCUUCCAUGCCGACUGCAACGAGUGUCGGAGGCUGCGGCGGACGUCUUUUCGCUUUCUGUAUUGGUCAAGUGCGAGCACGGGAGACUUCAAACCAGAUUCGGGCUACAAAUCCCAGCUAUCUGCAAAAACUGA